UACCUUGCCAGGGGAAGGGAGCCUAAUGACCCGGCAACCUAGUCUAUACUUUGUACUAUAAGAUGGUCUCUCGACAGGAGGGUAUUCUUUUUUUUUCUUUCAACAAUACCCUCUCUUCUUCGGCGAGAUGAUUAUAUGGCGAACGAGUUCGAGUAUUUAAAAUAAUAUUUUCGAGUGCCCGUCUCAUUAUGUUCGAUAUGCAUUGUGAGUGAAUCAUAUGUGAUUGAAAGUGAAUUUAUUGUGGAGUUGGUUACGUUCGAUUGAAAUGGAUUGGAGUAAGAUUUUGAUCUCAUCUUUGCUAGUCUUUAGCGUAGCUUUCGCUAAAGAAGCAAAUAAGGCGACCACAUUAAAACCCUUAGCUGCGAGUAACACUGCAGCCAAGCAAUCGAGUCCAUUAAAACUUUCAUCACCCUCGAAAGAUGCUUCUAAACCAAAACCAACGACAAACAGCAAAGUACCCAGUGAUACCAAAGAACCAAAGCGGUUCACAUUAACAGGAGAUCAUCCCCCUGGUGGCAUUGCCGGCGGAGUAUUCACUGGCCAGGGUAAUACGUUGGCCCAUCAUAUCGGAUACAAUUUGUACAAUAUUGGAAACAAACCGAUAUUCAACGGAUCUCCUUUCGGCAAACCUGGCAAACCGGUUGUUAGUCCUAAUCAUCUCAGACCAAUUAAACCAAUUGGAAUCAAACCUGGCGGAGGUGCUGCCGCUGUCAAACCUGGCGCAGGAGGCGCUGCUGGAGGAAGUGGAACAGGUGGUGGCCAAGCCAGUGGCGGCGGUCAGGGUCAAGCGAGCGGUUCUGUCACAGUGGGUGGAGGUGGAUAUGGGAAUAUUGGAGGUGGUGGAUCCGGUAGCGGAUCAUCUGAAGGUCAAGCGUCAGGACAAGGGGGUGGAUAUGGUAGUGGAGGUGGCCAUGGCGGCGGUCAUGGUGGAUUAGGAGGAGGUCAAGGUGGCGGUGUAGGAGGUGGCCAUGGCGGCGGAUUUGGUGGAGGAUUCGGAGGCGGUCAUGGAGGAGGAUUUGGUGGCGGAUUCGGAGGUGGACAUGGCGGUGGUCAUGGUGGAGGCGGAGGUGGAGGUCAUGGAAGUGGCAGUGGCAGUGGGUCUGGAUCUGGAUCUGGUUCUGGAUCUGGUUCUGGAUCAGGUUCUAGUUCUGGUUCUGGCUCAUAUGGAGGUGGUGGUUAUGGAAGUGGAUCAGGAGGUGCCAGUGGAUCAGGAGGUGCUAGCGGAUCAGGUUCGGGUGGAUUCGGCGGUGGAGCUUCUGGUGGAUUAGGAGGAAGUGGAUCAGGAUCAGGUUCGGGCAAUUUGGGUGGUUCGGGUGGAUUUGGUGGAAGUGGAUCUGGCUCAGGAGGAUUCGGCGGAUCUGGUAGUUUUGGUGGCAGUGGUUCGGGCUCUGGUGGAUUUGGUGGAAGCGGAUCAAGCUCUGGUAGUUGGGGUGGCAGUGGAUCAGGCUCUGGAGGAUUCGGUGGUGGUGGAUCAGGUUCGGGUGGAUUCGGUGGUGGUGGAUCUGGUUCUGGUAGUUGGGGUGGCAGUGGAUCAGGCUCCGGAGGAUUCGGAGGUGGUGGAUCCGGCUCCGGAGGUUUCGGUGGCUCGGGUGGAUUCGGAGGUAAUGGCGGCGGUUCAGGCAGUUUUGGAGGAAGUGGCAGUGGUUCAGGUGGAUUUGGUGGAAGUGGAUCUGGCUCUGGUAGUUGGGGUGGCAGUGGAUCAGGCUCUGGAGGAUUUGGUGGAAGUGGUUCGGGAGGUUUUGGCGGAAGUGGAUCAGGCGGUUUCGGAGGAAGUGGAAGUGGAGGUGGAAGUGGUUCAGGAGGAUUUGGAGGUAGCGGAUCAGGUGGAUUUGGAGGCGGCGGUUCUGGUGGUUUUGGUGGUGGUGGUUCCGGAGGAUUUGGCGGAAGUGGCGGAUUUGGCGGAGGCGCAGGUGGAAGUGGAUCGUUCGGAGGUGGCGGCGGAGGUUACGGAUCGGGUGGUGGAGGAUUUGGAGGUGGCGCUGGUGGCGGAUUCCAUGGCGGCGGAGGUGGUGGCGGCGGAUACAGACCUAGACCGAUACAUAUUGGAUUACAAGGACAUGGAAAUGGAGGUGGUGGCGGCCAUGGCCAAAUUCAAGGUAGCUUUGGAUCACAACACCAAGGUUCCAUUAGUAUAAGUGGCGGUGGUAAUGGAGGAGGAGGUGGCUCUGCCAGUGGUGGAGCUUCAUCAUAUGGUUAAAAUUUGCUCAUAAGAUUACCUAUCUUUGUAAAUAGCAAUUUUUUUUAAAGCUCAGAGAGAAACGAGUUGGCAGAAUUUCUGUCAAAUUGAGAUUUCAAGUUUAGAUUUGAAUGGAGUGAUAUAAAACUUUUCAUUUUUUUCCUUUUAAAUACCUAGUAUGUAUUUUAAUGUAUUCUGAUAUUAUUUGUAAUAUUUUUAUUUGAUUUUUGAAUGCAUUUUGUUACGUGUUGAUUUUAAACUAUAAGACUGUUUUUAUUAUUAUAACGAUGAAAUUGUAAAUAUUUAAUUAAACGUUGCUCAUUCAUUGA